AUGAUCCGAAGGUCUAUAGCUCCUAAUACUAUCACUUACAAUUCACUGAUCAACGGGUUUUGUUUGCAAGAUCGUAUAGAGGAGGCGAAGCAGAUGUUUGCUCUGAUGGUUAGCAAAGAUUGUCUCCCAGACGUGGUGACUUACAAUACUCUUAUCAAUGCAUUUUUCAAGUGUAAAAAGGUAGAAAAUGCUAUGCAACUCUUCCGCGGGAUGUCUCAAAGAGGAUUGCUUGGCAACACAGUCACUUACAACACUCUUAUCAAAGGGUUUUUCCAAUCUGGCGACUGUGAGAAUGCUCAGGAAGUUUUCGAACAGAUGGUUUCUGGUGGCGUGCCUCGUGAUAUUUGGACGUACAGCAUUUUGUUAGAUGGACUUUGUAAUAACGGGAAGCUCGAGAAAGCACUGGGCAUUUUCCAAGAUAUGCAAAAGAGUGAAAUGAAACUCAAUAUUUUCACAUAUAAUAUAGUGAUUAACUGGAUGUGCAAGGCUGGUAAAGUGGAAGAAGCUUGGGAUUUGUUUAGUAGCCUCGGCCACAAAGGAGUGAAGCCUGAUGUUAUAACCUACAGUACAAUGAUCUCUGGAUUUUGUGAGAAAGGCUUAAAGCAGGAAGCAGAUGCCUUGUUUAGAAAAAUGAAAGAAGACGAGAUUCUCCCAGAUGACUAUACGUAUAAUGCGCUGAUUAAGGCACGCCUUGUUGGAGAUGUUCGACAGUAA